AUGCUUGAAAACCAUAGGAACGUGGUCUCUCUGGGUAAUGAUAAACAGGAGAAUCAAGAUUCCUGUGAACUGUUCCAAGUAAUCAAUGCUAAAGAUGUAACGGAGAAGUUUGGAAUUCGAAUGGAAUUCGAAAGCCAUAAGAGAAACCAGUCAAAGAAUUGGAAUCAGGAAAGCUCAUCUUCCAGUGAUGCUCUGAUGCAAGAAUUUCUUGCCCAACAAGAGAAAAUAAAGAAAAAAUAUACUGGAAAAAGUGUGAAGCUAUUCAAAGGUAAAGUACAAGUAAAUGAAUACUAUUUAACCCCACAAAAAGGAGAAGGUGCUAUAAGAAGACACAGUAGACAAAAUAACAAUGGAACAUUCAUUCUUUCUCUGGGAAAUAAAUUCCUUACAUCUCAAAAAGUGAUUUACACAAAAGAAAAGCCAUAUAAAUGCAUGGGGUGUGGAAAGACGUUUGCUCGUAGCGGUAAUCUUAUUUCCCAUGGAAGGAUCCACACAGGAGAAAAACCAUAUAAAUGCAUGGAAUGUGGAAAGACCUUUGCUUCUAGCAGUACGCUUACUUCCCAUGAAAGGAUCCACACAGGGGAGAAGCCAUAUAAAUGCAUAGUGUGUGGAAAGACCUUUGCUCAAAGAGCUACUCUUAUUUCCCAUAAAAUUAUCCACACAAAGGAGAAGCCGUAUAAAUGUAUGGAAUGUGGAAAGACCUUUGCUCGGGGCAGUGGCCUUAGAAGCCACAAAAUGCUCCACACAGGGGAGAAGCCAUUUAAAUGCAUGGAGUGUGGAAAGACGUUUACUCAUGGCAGUGGACUUAGAAGCCACAAAAAGCUCCACACAGGAGAGAAACCAUAUAAAUGUAUAGAGUGUGGAAAGACCUUUGCUCGAAGAGCUACUCUUAUUUCCCAUAAGAUGAUCCACACAGGGGAAAAGCCGUAUAAAUGCAUGGUGUGUGGAAAGAUGUUUACUCAUGGCAGUGCACUUAGAACCCACAAAAACCUCCACACAGGAGAGAAAUCAUAUAAAUGCAUAGAGUGUGGAAAGACCUUUGCUCAAAAAGGUCAUUUUAUUUCCCAUAAGAUGACCCACACAGGGGAGAAGCCGUAUAAAUGCAUUGAGUGUGGAAAGACAUUUACUCGUGGUAGUGUACUUAGAAGCCACAAAAAGCUCCACACAGGAGAGAAACCAUAUAAAUGCAUGGAGUGUGGAAAGACCUUUGCUCUGAGCAGUAGACUUAGUAUGCACAAAAAGAUCCACACUGGGGAAAAGCCAUUUAAAUGCAUGGAGUGUGGAAAGACCUUUGCUCAAAGAAGUAAUCUUAUUUCCCAUAAGAUGAUCCACACAGGGGAGAAGCCGUAUAAAUGCAUGGAGUGUGGAAAGACCUUUGCUCAAAGUGGUCAUCUUAUUUUCCAUAGGAUGAUCCACAAGGGGAGAAGCCGUAUAAAUGCAUGGAGUGUGGACAGACAUUUACUCAGAGCAGUGGACUUAGAAGACACAAAAGUGCAAAGAAGAGCAGCUAAGAUUAUUAAUGGGCUGAAGACUAAAACACAUGAACAGUUUCAGGAUUUGUGUGUGGCUGUUCUACAGAAAGAAGGAUAG